AUGGCUUCCAGAAAGCGAAAACGGCUGUCAUUCUCAGAAAAAUACGCGAUUUUGGCCGAACUCGACUCCGGCGUGUCACGGAAUGCGUUGGAAAAGAAGUACGACGUCCCUCACGGUACUUUAGCUGGCAUCAUCAAAGACAGGCGUCGAAUAGAAGAAGCAAUCGACGCUGCUCUGCUUGAGUGGUUUCGUCGAAUUAGGGCCAAUUGUCCAGAAACUCCGAUAACUUGUCUGGAGAUUCUAACGAAGGCAACCGCAAUAGGAAAAGAGCUGAAAAGAAGAGAAGUUGCUGCUUACGAGUCGUUUGACGAAAAUUGCCUCGAUCUCAAUUGGGUGGAUCGCUGGAAGAAGAGGAAUGCGAUAGCAUCAAAGAAAAUGCACGGCGAAAGUCAAUCAGCUGACAAAAAUGCUGCAGCUGAUUGGGUGCAAAAUCAGCUGGAAUUGAUUCGACAAGAAUUCUCUGAUGACAACAUCUUUAAUGCAGAUGAAACUGCGCUAUUUUGGAAACUCAUGCCUGAUAGAACCCUCGCAUUCAAAGGUGAAAAGUGCCGAGGAGGAAAACAUUCUAAGGAACGCCUAACAAUUCCUGUCGCAGCCAGCGCUACGGGAGAAAAAUUGUCUUUAUAUGGUGGACCAAUACUUCAAAAACCAAAAGCAACAGCGCAUUGA